AUGCAGCAGAGUAAGCUCCCUCCGAAAUCUCAGUGCCUUACUGUCGUCAAUCUUCCGGAGGCUGAGGCCACCACUGCUCGGGCUCGUCUAGACCACGACAAGCAACUGCUGAGGUCGCACAUGGUUACCUUGUCUGAUGGCGACGAGGUGGAACCAGCGGCAUCGAUCAGAGUAAAAGCGGCAUUCAGACUUGGAAAACACCGCCAGGAUAAUUCUCCACGACCACUGAAAGUGGUUCUGCGAGCAGAAAGCGAGGUCAAAGCGAUACUCCAGCGGACCCACAAGCUGAAGGGAACUCCGGUAAGGUUCCUCAGGGAUCUCGAUCCGGACCAGCGCAGUAAAUUGAAAACUGCAUUAGAAUAA